ACUCGCACUCACACCCGGGCGCAGGAGGCGGGCGGCCCGGGCCCCACCGGCCCCCCAUGGACGCCCCCAGCACGGGGCGCUGAGACCCCCGCGUCGCUGCCCAGCCUGGUCCGGCGCGCCACGCCGAGGGAUCUCUGGACAGGACAAGACUCCGAAGCUACUCCCCCAGCACACAGCCCGGGACCCACAAACCCAGCUUGCUCCCAGCCCUCCCACCUGCCACUCCCUGGCCCCUCCCACCGCCCGCCCCCCUUGGGGUGCAGGGCAUGGUGUGAAAGGCCAAGUGCUGAGGCGGGUAUCAUGGGUGCUGUGCCCUAGGGCCUGGGUGGCAGGGGGUGGGUGGCCUGUGGGUGUGCCGGGGGGGCCAGUGUGCCCACCCCAGUCUCUUGGCGUGCUGGAGGGCAUCCUGGAUGGAAUUGAAGUGAAUGGAACAGAAGCCAAGCAAGGUGGAGUGUGGGUCAGACCCAGAAGAGAACAGUGCCAGGUCACCAGAUGGAAAGCGAAAAAGAAAGAACGGCCAAUGUUCCCUGAAAACCAGCAUGUCAGGGUAUAUCCCUAGUUACCUGGACAAAGACGAGCAGUGUGUCGUGUGUGGGGACAAGGCAACUGGUUAUCACUACCGCUGUAUCACUUGUGAGGGCUGCAAGGGCUUCUUUCGCCGCACAAUCCAGAAGAACCUCCAUCCCACCUAUUCCUGCAAAUAUGACAGCUGCUGUGUCAUUGACAAGAUCACCCGCAAUCAGUGCCAGCUGUGCCGCUUCAAGAAGUGCAUCGCCGUGGGCAUGGCCAUGGACUUGGUUCUAGAUGACUCGAAGCGGGUGGCCAAGCGUAAGCUGAUUGAGCAGAACCGGGAGCGGCGGCGGAAGGAGGAGAUGAUCCGAUCACUGCAGCAGCGACCAGAGCCCACUCCUGAAGAGUGGGAUCUGAUCCACAUUGCCACAGAGGCCCAUCGCAGCACCAAUGCCCAGGGCAGCCAUUGGAAACAGAGGCGGAAAUUCCUGCCCGAUGACAUUGGCCAGUCACCCAUUGUCUCCAUGCCGGAUGGAGACAAGGUGGACCUGGAAGCCUUCAGCGAGUUUACCAAGAUCAUCACCCCGGCCAUCACCCGUGUGGUGGACUUUGCCAAAAAACUGCCCAUGUUCUCCGAGCUGCCUUGCGAAGACCAGAUCAUCCUCCUGAAGGGGUGCUGCAUGGAGAUCAUGUCCCUGCGGGCGGCUGUCCGCUACGACCCUGAGAGCGACACCCUGACGCUGAGUGGGGAGAUGGCUGUCAAGCGGGAGCAGCUCAAGAAUGGCGGCCUGGGCGUAGUCUCCGACGCCAUCUUUGAACUGGGCAAGUCACUCUCUGCCUUUAACCUGGAUGACACGGAAGUGGCUCUGCUGCAGGCUGUGCUGCUAAUGUCAACAGACCGCUCGGGCCUGCUGUGUGUGGACAAGAUCGAGAAGAGUCAGGAGGCGUACCUGCUGGCUUUCGAGCACUACGUCAACCACCGCAAACACAACAUUCCGCACUUCUGGCCCAAGCUGCUGAUGAAGGUGACUGACCUCCGCAUGAUCGGGGCCUGCCACGCCAGCCGCUUCCUCCACAUGAAAGUCGAGUGCCCCACCGAACUCUUCCCCCCACUCUUCCUCGAGGUCUUUGAGGAUCAGGAAGUCUAAAGCCUCAGGCGGCCAGAGGGUGUGCGGAGCUGGUGGGGAGGAGCCUGGAGAGAAGGGGCAGAGCUGGGGGCUGAGGGAGACCCCCC